AUGAAGGACCAGAACAAGAUGCGGAGAGAUGGGACAAACAAACUGAACCCUGAAAUGGUUCUUGAGAAAAAUUUACGUACUCCCAAAGUGAAAGCAUCACCAAAGUUUUCAUCCCAUUUACAAUCACGUGCGUUGUCUAAUGAAGAAGAUAAAAAGGAAGUUGUUAAGCCUGCAGACAGUGCAUUGGGUGAAUACACCUCUAGCAACAAAAAGCUAUUGCACAGAGCAGAAGUAGAAACUUUCAGGAGGGUCAAGAUAGUUGAUCUUCAACAAGAAACCAGCAGCCCUAGGAGGCUGACAUUUAGAUGGGGACGACAUGUGGGUGAAAGACAGGACAACAAUAUAAGAAAGAGAAUCUUUAAAAAGAAAGGAUUUGAUGGUGACAAAAGUAAUACCAUCCCCAUCUCUGGAAAAAUUAUUUUGAGGCAUCAGGAUGUGCAAGAAAAGAAAGAUGUGCAGGGUUUGUUGAAUAAUGUGAUUGAAGAGACGGCGAGUAAGCUUGUUGAAAUCGGGAAGAUCAAGGUUAAAGCUUUGGUGGGAGCUUUUGAGACAGUGAUUUCCCUCCACAAUAAACCUUUUGCUGUCACAGUUACUUGA